AUGGGGGCGAUGACGUCAUCUCUCGCGGCGAAAUUCGCGUUUUUCCCGCCGACGCCGCCGUCGUACUCGAUAGUGGAGGACCCGGUAACGGGCAAGCUGCGGUUCGAGGACAUCGCGCCGGCGGAGAACGUGGAGGUCACGUUCCUGGACACGGCGCGCGGGCAGCGCAUCGCCGCCAUGUUCGUCCGCAACCCGCGCGCGCGCCUCACGGUGCUGUACUCGCACGGCAACGCCGCGGAUCUCGGACAAGUGCACGACCUAUACGUGGAGCUUAGCAACAUGCUGCGAGUUAAUCUCCUCGGGUACGACUACACUGGUUAUGGUGCUUCAUCGGGCAAGCCCACGGAGUUCAACACGUACGCGGACAUAGAAGCCGCCUUCACGUACCUCACCGCACAGCACCGCAUUCGACCGGAGGACAUUAUCCUCUACGGGCAGUCCGUGGGCAGCGGUCCCACGGUGGACCUGGCCUCUCGCACUCCGCGCCUGCGAGGCGUGGUGCUGCACAGCCCUAUCAUGUCUGGCCUGCGCGUGCUAUACGAGGUCAAGACGUCUUUCUUCCUCGAUAUCUUCACUAACAUUGACAAGCUUCCCAAAGUGGAGUGCCCAGUCUUUGUCAUGCAUGGCACGGCAGACGAUGUGGUGGAUGUCUCCCACGGGAGGGGCCUGGCAGCUGUCUGCAAGCGGCCGUUUGAGGCGCUGUUCAUAGAGGGUGCGCGGCACUGCGACCUCGAGUUCUUCCCCGAAUACCUCAAGCAGCUGCGCCGCUUCAUCGCCUUCCUUGACCAGCACCCGCCGCCGCCCCUGGUGGAAGGCGAGGAGGACGACAUUGCGCGGCGCGGGAAGAAGCACCCGCCGCCGCCCCUGGUGGAAGGCGAGGAGGACGACAUUGCGCGGCGCGGGAAGAAGCACCCGCCGCCGCCACUGGCGGAGGGCGAGGAGGACGACAUUGCCAGGCGCGGAAAGAAUGCAAGGAGAGAGGGGGUAGAGAAGAAGAUGGUGAGUGAGUGGGGAUCCUCAUUUGCCUUGCUCAUUCCUCUGUCUCGUUGCUUCCCAUCUUCUCACACCCUCUCUCACACUUCUCCUCCUUCAGACGCCGUCCACUUCAGGAUGGACAACGCCAUUAAAGCCUUCCACUUCAGGAUGGACAACGCCACUAGUGGGGGAUCUGCUAGCGCUCGUUCCUCUUUGCACUUCUUCUCCUCUCCUGCACCAUCCACUACCAGUAGUACUGCUACUGAUGCUGAUGCUGAGGCUGAUAAGAAGCCGGGGAACAGCAACAGCGUGAAUGGUGUUAGUUGUGCUGGUGAUGGUGCUGGUGCUGGUGCUGGGGGGGAAAAGGGUGGUGGUGCUUUUGGUGGGUGGAGGGCACGUCUAGGCCGGCCGUAUAAAGCACCCAUAUCGGAGCUAAAGCAAGCUGCCGCAGCUGCUACCACUACCACGGACAGUAGAGGCGGGGACGAUGCUGCUGCACAUGCAGCCGAUACAGCCGACACAGCAGCAGCGGCAGGAGCAGGAGAAGUUGAGGGGGAGGCAGUGGCAACGGAAGGUACAGCUAAUCGUCCUGCUGUAGCAUCAGGAGCAGGUGCAGCGGGUGUGAAGGCAUGA